AUGACGCAUGUGGUUGAGAAGGCCCCGAGCGUGGCUGAAUAUGAUUCUGAUUUCACCACUGAGUGGAGUGGCGCAUUGUACGGGGUUCGUCGGUACCUCGGAAUGAUAGGUCUCGGAUUGGCUCUCUUCCUCACUGGCAUUGAGGCAACCAUUGUGAGCACGUCACUGGUGACCAUCGUCAAUGACCUUCAAAAUUCCGAACAAAGCAGCUGGAUUAUCACCUCCUAUCUUUUAACAUAUACAGGUUCUCUGAUCUAUCCUCAAUUCAGUGGUUUAUUGUCAUCUGGUCCAAUUUUGGCAACGUCCUUGGGGUUAAACAUGCCCUCCUCAGUUCCUUGUUCCUUUUCACGGCAUUCUCAGGUGGUUGUGGUGGAGCGCAGACCUUUAAUCAAUUGUACGAUCAUCUGUCGCGCGUUUCAAGGAAUUGGCGCUGCUGGUGUGUACACUUUGGCAUGCUUCUCUUUUAUUCGUAUCGUUCCUCCUGAGCAAUACAAGCUGACCACCACAAUCGCUGGUGGUGUCAUAUCACUGGGUCUUGUUCUUGGCCCCUUGUUUGGAGGUGCCAUUUCUAACAGUGGAAAGUGGCGCUGGGUGUUCUUAUACAACCUUCCAGCAGGCGCUUUUGCGUGGCUUAUGAUUUUCCUCAUUCUCCCAGCCCAUUUCCCUCAUCGAUCCCCACCGCCAACUAAGGAGUCAUUAUCGAUUCGAAUUUGGCAGAAGACAAAGACUUGUUUCCGUCAUCUAGACCUGAUGGGUGCAUUUAUCAUAUUAACUGCCUGUUCGCUUCUUAUUGCCGCUCUUCAGGAAGGAAAUUCUCAGUAUGCAUGGGACUCCGGUCUGGUAAUCAGUUUCCUUGUUAUCUCAGGAGUCUUCUGGUUUGCUUUUGUCGGAUGGGAAUGGUUCAUCUCUCUGCAUUGCCAAACAAUUAGCCCAGUAUUUCCAUGGCGAUUGACCCACAAUCGUACUUUCAUGGGACUUGCUCUCGGAUUCUUCACAACCGGACUACCCUUAACCGUCUGUGUGAUCAUGAUUCCCCAGCGAUUUCAAAUAGUCAAUGGAAGCUCUCCGAUCGGCGCCGGCGUCAAACUGUUAUCAUUUGCGCUAAGCUGUCAGGUCGGCAUCAUAGCCUGCUCUCUGUUGUCAGGACGCGCUAAAAUUCCUUUUUGUUACAUAGCGCUAUUUGGUAUAGCCUGUCAGAUUGCCGGUCUGUUUCCCUAUUCAGAAAUUGCCUCUACGCCAAAGCUUUGGCUAGGUCAGUUCGGAUAUCUAGUUUUAGCCGGGCUUGGGAUAGGUCUAUCUGUGUCUGCAUUUUACAUGGCGACAUCACUUGUGGUGGAUCCGAAGGAUCAAAACAUUGCUCUCGCCAUUGGCAUCCAAUUAAGAUCCUUGGGUGGCGUUGGGGGAGUUGCAGCCUCGACCACCAUUCUCCACCAUUACAUUCAGAGCCGAUUGUCGUCUAGUCUGCAACCUCAGGAGCUAGCCGCUCUCUUGCAAACAACCACAGCGAUCAAUGCUUUCCCUUCAGAUGUUCAACUACAUGUUCGUGAAGUCUAUGCGAUGGCCUAUAGUGCGCAAAUGAAGUUGACCGGCGCAUUUUCGGCAACGCAGCUGUUGGCCGUGGCGUUGAUGUGGAAGAGAGAGAAUGUGUGA